GAGAAAGAUCUGUUUACAUUGAUGUGGGACUAAAUUAUUGUAUUGGUAGAAUGUAGAAUAUACUAUCGAUCCGGAUUCUUUCAUACUGCAGACGUGAAGUCCGGAGUUUGUGAGUUAUCCAAGCAGCCAGGAUGGAGAGCAGUGGCAAGGUGACACCCCAUCUGAUGAUGGCUGUUGGGACAGCUACGAUUGGCUCUUUCCAGUUUGGCUACAACACUGGUGUCAUCAAUGCUCCUCAGAAUAUCAUUGAGAGCUUCUACAAUGAGACGUGGAUUAGCAGGUUUUCAGAGCCCAUCUCUUGGACCACUGUAACAGCUCUAUGGUCAAUCUCUGUGGCCAUCUUCUCUGUGGGAGGAAUGCUGGGCUCCUUCUCUGUCAGCCUCUUUGUCAACCGCUUUGGCAGGAGGAACUCCAUGCUCAUAGCCAAUGUCCUCGCCUUUAUUGCUGCUGUGUUUAUGGGCUUUUCCAAGCUGGCUGCUUCCUUUGAGAUGCUCAUCAUUGGACGUUUCAUAGUGGGUGUCUACUCUGGCCUCUCCACUGGCUUUGUGCCCAUUUAUGUUGAGGAAAUCUCCCCCACAUCUCUCCGUGGAGCAUUAGGAACUCUGCAUCAGCUUGGUGUAGUGAUUGGCAUUCUCAUGGCACAGAUCUUUGGGAUUGAAUCCAUUAUGGGAAAUGCCUCCCUCUGGCCUCUCCUCUUGGGUUUCACUCUGCUGCCGGCUGUGCUGCAGUCCAUCCUGUUGCCCCUCUGCCCUGAGAGCCCCCGGUACCUCCUCAUUAACUGCAACGAGGAGAGCAAAGCCCGCAGCAUCUUGAUGAAACUGCGGGGCACUGAUGAAGUGGGUGAGGACAUGCAGGAGAUGAAGGAGGAGAGCCAGCAGAUGAUGCGGGAGAAGAAGGUGACCAUCCCUGAGCUGUUUCGCUCGCCCAUUUACCGCCAGCCUAUCUUUGUGGCGAUCAUGCUGCACCUCUCACAGCAGCUGUCUGGAAUCAAUGCUGUGUUUUACUACUCGACUGGGAUCUUUGAGCGAGCAGGAGUGUCCCAGCCUGCCUAUGCAACCAUUGGUGCAGGAGUGGUCAACACCGCCUUCACUGUGGUUUCUUUGUUUGUGGUAGAGCGUAUGGGCAGGAGGCCACUUCAUCUCACUGGUUUGAUGGGGAUGGCACUCUCAGCAGUUUUUCUGACUGUUGCCAUGGCGCUGUUGGACCACUUCAGAUGGAUGUCCUAUGUCAGCAUUGUGGCCAUCUUCAGUUUUGUAGCCUUUUUUGAAAUUGGCCCUGGCCCCAUCCCCUGGUUCAUUGUGGCUGAACUCUUCAGUCAGGGGCCCCGGCCUGCUGCCAUUGCAGUUGCUGGUUUCUGCAAUUGGUCUGCCAACUUCUUAGUGGGGAUGUGCUUCCAGUAUGUUGAGCAACUCUUGGGCCCCUAUGUCUUCAUCAUCUUCACAAUCCUGCUGCUUGGCUUCUUCGUUUUCACCUACUUCAAGGUGCCAGAGACCAAGGGCCGCACCUUUGAUGAGAUUGCAGCAGGUUUCCGCCAGUCUCCUGGUCAAGGUGCUGACAAGUACUCAGCCCCUGAAGAGUUCAACACUCUCAGGGGGGAUGACCCUGACCUUUGAAAACUGCCAUUCAUGCAGACACUAACAUGCAUCAAAGCUACCUGUUACACUUUGGACACACUUUUAGAACACUACCGUCAUGUCUCAGAUAUCCCAUAAGAGAAUGUUAGGAUCAGUAUUACAGAAGAGGUUCAGUUUUCACACAGACUGUAGUAAAGAUGGAUGACCUGAGAAAUUCCCUGUUAGAUAUUUUGUGUUUCAGCACAGGCUGUUAAAAUCCUGGAAGUGAGUAAAUUGAGUCUGUGAGAUGCUAGGAUGUACUGCAGCAGAAAAAAAAUAAGGUGGGAUUAUUAAAAAUGUGGAGUUAAAUUAAGUAGCAACAUUCUAAUUCAAAAUAGAAAACUGAAAAUUUGUACAUAAUAUGAAACUCUCAAUUUCUUUUGUCAUGUGUGGUAAGUGGUUCCAUUUUCUAUAUUGGAGUUAAAAUGAUCAUAUUGAAGCAUUUGAUGGACUGCUUAUAUUAAAUGGAUAUUAAUGUUCUCUGUUUCCCACAAGGUCACUGUGAAAAAGUCACAAUAAUAGAGAGCACCAGUAAGCAUUGGUGCAACACUGAUAAGGGUAAAGGGUAAACAGUGAUUAAGGGGUUUCACUGGUUCUGGAAAAACUUUGCUGUGUAAUUUUGACUUUCUAUGUCAUGACUAUGAGACUUAAUUUGAAAUUUUAAACUCAUAAUAACUCAUUUAGAACUAUAAGUUUAUUUCCACCCACCUGUUUUAUGUGCAUAUUCAAUUUAUGCCUAAAAAAAGACCCUGACUGAAAACACUGUAUGUUCAAAGACUUAGUGAAUAAAUGAUGACUAUGAAGAAACAUGUGACUUUAAAAGUGGUCACUUCCAGUAAAAAGCUGAAAACAGUUUUAACUUGAGAUCUUUUAAUGACAUCAUCUGUCUUCUUCAGCAAUGGCAACGACUGGAGAAUGAGCUCCAGCUUCUGUUUAUCUCCAUCAAACAAUGAACCCAUACUCACAGAACAGGCGUGGAUGGAAACACAUGUUACGGU